GAUCAUACGAGUCUUCGAUACGAUGAAAACUCAUGUAUAAAUGCUUGAACUCUGUAUGAGCAUCCAGCACCAUAGAGAAAACGCUUUCCUUGAACUCAGUACACAGCCCGACAUGCUUACGAAAGAUUCGAAUUCGAUAGCAGCGGAAAACUGAAGGGUUUCUGCAGCAAGCAAUCUCAACAUGGCUGAGCUGGUCAACAUGAACCAAUUCAUGACGGCUAUUGUCAUUGUCGUGGGGUACCUCAGCAUUCAGGGAGAGAUUUUUGGUUACCGAAAGACCGCAAAGUCCUUUUUUGUCUCGGCCACCAUUCUAUCCUUCAUGUUGUACCUUCUCAACCUCAUGGUAUUCCUAUUGCGUCACUAUCUCAGAGGAAAGGGUGCGCCGACGCGGAUACUUACUAGACAACUGGACCAAUUUCUCCUUGAUAGGGAAAACAAUGGUAAAGUGAAUGGUCACAGUCUAGUGAGUGGAUUGAUGCUGGUUCAGGAGAAUUGCAGAGAUGCGCAGUUGAACUAG